GACGGACCUCUUUCGACGGCUCGACCGUCGCGUCGCGUUCGCGACCGUCCACGAGCAGACGCUACACGUCGAACAGCACCAAGAUGCCUACAGCCAAAAAGAGUAAAGAGGACGCGAACAAGGAGGCCUACAGUAUAGACGCCUCGCAGGAGGCCAAGUCCUUCCUGGAGAAAAUCAUGGGCGACGUGAGCAAGUCCUCGGCGACCAAACAGAUCGUUAUCGGCACCACGUCGGGAUGGGUGACCGGAUUCGUUACCAUGAAGAUCGGGAAGGUGGCAGCCUGCGCGGUCGGCGGCGGGAUCAUCAUGCUGCAGAUCGCCGCGCACCAGGGUUACAUAAAGAUCAAUUGGGACAAGAUCGCGAGCAAGGCCGAGAAGAUAACGGACAAGGUGGAGGAGAAAAUUACCGGCGAGGGGCCGAAUUUCAUGGACAAGGUAGGGAAACUGUGGAGGAAGAACUCAUUCAUUGCCACGAGCUUUCUCGGCGGUUUCAUUAUCGGUCUAUCUUGGUGAAGUAGAGAACAUAACUUUGCAAGCUUUGUGCGUGAAUGAACACUUAGUAUGCUGUCACCAUUUCUACUACCGUUUGCGCUUGCAGUCUUCCUGAAUACAAUAAUAUAUAUAUCAAUAUUAUUGAAAUUUCAAUAUCAACAUUAGCCAAUAAAAAUUGAUAUCGAUAUUAGUGUCCAAUGAAGCUUCAUAAUAUCAAUAUCAUUAUAAUUUUUGUAUAUAGUCCCCUCAAUAAAAAUAUAUAAUAAAA